AUGAUCACGAGGUAUUUCCGGUACUUGAAGAACAGAGUGAUGACCAAACCGAAGAAGAGUAUUAUCAGUAUCGUGGGAACCACAGGCGUGGGAAAGUCCCAAUUCAGCAUUGAUCUCGCCAAAGCCGUCAAUGGAGAAAUCAUCAAUGCUGAUUCCAUGCAGGUGUAUCGGGACCUUGAUAACAUCACCAACAAACAUCCUGUCGAAGAAAGAGAGGGCAUACCGCACCACGUCAUGAAUCACGUCAACUGGGACGAAGAGUACUUCAUCCACAGAUUUGCGCAAGAGGCAGGAGACGCCAUACGGGACAUCCACGCCCGUGGAAAGGUGCCAAUAGUAAUCGGAGGAACCCACUACUACCUUCAGACACUCCUUUUCAACAACAAGACCAUGGCUCAGUCCAACGAACCCAAGCAGCACGACAAGGAGACUACACGCGAAAGCGACACUGUCGAGGCUGGAUCAAACGUCACUCCCGAACAGCUAGCAAUCCUCGAUGGGCCUGUUUCCGAGCUUUUCGAGGCUCUUUCACAGAUUGACCCUAUUAUUGCCCAGAAGUUCCAUCCCAAAGACCACCGGAAGCUCAGAAGAGCAUUGGAGAUCUACUACAGCACUGGCGAGCUUCCAUCGAAGCUCUACCACGAGCAGAAGCUCGAGGAACUCGAGGACUCGUCCUUGGUCUACAACACAUUGCUCUUCUGGGUGUACUCGGACCAAGAGGUGUUGGUGCCUCGAUUGGACGCCCGAGUCGAUAAAAUGAUGGCUGGUGGGGGCAUCGACGAGAUUCAGCAGAUGUACGGUGCGUACCAAGCCCAGGAGCCCCGUCCCGACUGCACAAGAGGAAUCUGGCAAGUGAUUGGGUUCAAGGAGUUCUUGCCAUGGUUGAGCAGCCAGCAGCCGCAACCACAGCAGUUCCAAGACGGCGUGGAGCGCAUGAAGAUCCGCACCCGCCAGUACGCCAAGUACCAGGUCAAGUGGAUCAAGAAGUUGUUGGGGGUUGAGCUCCACAAAGAGAAGCGGUUUGGCUACAAGUAUGGUGGCAAAAUGUACGUGUUAGACGCCAGCGAUUUGGAAACUUGGCAGCAAAACGUAGCCGAGGUGGGUAUAUCCAUUGGCAAGCAGUUCUUGGAGAACGGACCAACGGCAGUUGAGCAGGCCCAAACGCCUGCCAGGUUGUCGCACUUGGUUGGAGGCGAGAUCAAGAGCAACAAGCAGAUUGGAGCCGAGGCUGGCUGGAAGCACUACAAAUGCGAGCACUGCAAGGACAAGACGGGAAUGCCGUUUGUGGCAGUGGGAGAGGAGAGCUGGCAGCUCCAUGUUGGCAGCAGACGCCACAAGCGACAGGUGGGAGCUGGGGCCAAGAAGCGCAAGCACGAGGAGAUGCUCCAGAAGUAUGGGAAGGGCGUGAAGCGAGAAGAGAAGGGCGAGGAGGCGCCAGCAGAGAAGAGUGAGGGUGGAGAGGUGAAUGGAGAAAAACCGGCACAGAAGGGCGAAUAG